CCCUGCUUCCCAGAGACUCCUGAUGGGCCUCCAAGUGGCUGGUCUGGCCUCGGGAAGAGAGUCGCCGGCCGCAGGGACGGCAUGGAGCCGAGAGGACGGGGGCUCCCGCUGGCUUUCCUACUCUUGGUUGCGUCGGCGCCUAUAGUCGACGCACAAUACGAAAAAUACAGCUUCCGCGGCUUUCCCGAAGCUGAGCUGAUGCCUCUGCAGAGUGCCUACGCCUACGCGUUAGAGCAGUACGAGGGCGAGAACUGGAGGGAGAGCAUCCGCUACUUGGAGGCGAGUUUGCGCCUCCACCGCCUGCUCCAAGACAGCGAGGCGCACUGCCAUAAGGAAUGCGCGAGGAGCGAAGAGUUGGGUGCCGGCCCAGCUCUUCCAGAGCUUGCAAAGGGCGCGUGGAAGAGCCCGCCGUCUUCGGAGCUUCUGAAAGGCGCUGCGCUUGCAGAACUUGAAGGCGGCGCAGGAUGCGGCGUAAAUGCUUCAGGGGGCACGCCAGGCGAGUGGCUCCAGGACCAGGAGAUGGAGCUCUUCAGGCUCGUCCUCCAGCGCGCCUCCUGCCUGCGGAGGUGUAAGCGCAGUCUUCCUGUCUUUCAGCUCAGCUACCCGCCAACCGAGACUUUGCGGGACUUUCAGCGGCGGACACCCUACCAGUAUCUUCACUACGCGCUUUUCAAGGCAAAUAAGGUUGAGAAAGCAGUAUCAGCUGCUCACACAUUUCUGCAGAAGAAUCCCAAGCAUGAAAUGACCCAAAAGUAUCUCAAUUACUACAAGACUAUGGUGGAUGUGGAUGACUACCUUAUAGACUUGGAAGCACAACCAUAUGAGAUGGUUUUUGUCCGAGCAGUGAAGCUUUACAAUAGUGGAGAUUUUAGGAGUAGCAUUGCUGACAUGGAGCACGCACUGUCCAAGUACUAUGAGGCCUAUGAAAAUUGCCUAGCUGGCUGCGAAGGUAGCUAUGAGCUCCAUGAAUUUAAGGACUUCUAUCCUGCCAUAGCAGAUCAUUUUGUUUAUGUCCUGCAGUGUAAAGUGGAUUGUGAGGUUGACCUGACCCCAAAUGUAGGUGGCUAUUUUGUGGAGAAAUUUGUGGCCACGAUGUAUCACUAUCUUCAGUUUGCAUACUACAAGCUGAACGAUAUUAAGAAUGCAGUACAGAGUGUAGCUAGCUACAUGCUCUUUGAUCCUGGAGAUGAGGUUAUGCAGCAAAACCUGGUUUAUUAUCGUUUCUAUCGUGAACGUUGGCGUCUGGAAGAGGACGACUUCAACCCACGACCAGAAGCCUUGCACUAUCACAACUGGACAUCCACACAGAAGAAACUCUUGGAGUUCGCCAGGCAAUAUCUCCAGCCAGAUGAUGAGGGAGAGGUGGAUGAAGGUCAGGAGAUGAAAGAACCAGCAUUGCCAUCUGAUGCUGAGUUUGAAGACGUUGGUGACUAUGAAGAGGGAUUUUUGUCUGAGUGGUGGCAGGAGCCAAGAUCAAAAGGUGACAAAGCUGACGAAGAGAGACUCAACUGAGCAGUAUGACUCCCAUAGCAUCAGCAGGUGAGGGGGAGGCAUUGUGGAUUUCUUGUAUCUACCAAAGUAGAUGUGGAACCAGCAAGAUGCAUUUUGGUAGCAUUCCAACAUGUUUUGUGCCUUUUGAACCUCACAUUAAUAUCUCCAAAGGCUGGGAAAGUUCCACCAGCAGAACCUUUAUGCAGAAUAUUUAGAUCCACUUCUUCUUCUGCAAAUGGAUCGGUAAAACAAGAACUCCUCUGAGCUAAUCCAGGGAUCACUCUCCCCGCUCCCCAGUGGAACCUCAUUUCUAGAAAAGUACUGUGAAUGGGAAUAAAAAAUGUCCAUACAAAGGACUGAGAAGAAGCCAAUGCUGCAUUUAUUUCUGGUUUUAUCUGUUCUGCUGCUGUGACCUCAGAUAUGUUGGGAACCAAAGUUCUUACCCAUCUAUGGAAGCACACACUCAGAAGGUAGCAAUCUGCAUAACUGGAUUUUCUGUGUCCCAGAUUUUCAUGGGACCAAAAUAUCCUGUUUGCCCAAAAGGAAGACAACCCCCAUCCCUAAUAAUUUUUUAUGUGUGUGUAUAGGAGAGAAGUUACCACUCCUGUCUGCAGAGAAGAGCCAGAUGCUUUUGUCUCGCUGAGUCUCUGUUUGUGAAGUUAAUGGAUGAGAGUGCCUUCUCCUGGGACUUCACACAUAUUUUUCUUGAGUCCUUGUUCUCAGGCAGAAGCAAUGGCAGUGCUGCAUUCCCUUCCCUCCUCCUGCCUCAAUGGAAGUGCUCACUUUGGGCAGGCAGGCUCUUCUUUCCUUUUCCCUCUGCAGUUUCGAUCUUCUCUUUUUCUUUCCCUUCUCUUCCCUCUGUCCACUUUUAUUUCUUUUUCUGUAGCUGUUGGAAAAAAGGAGGUGUAGAUGUAUGUGUGUGUAUUUAUAUGGUUCUGCAUAUGAGAGUGGUUUGUGUGCAAAAGAGAGAAUGGUUGGGAUACGCAGAUAAGAAAUGAAUUAAUGUUAUAGUAUAUUAUCUUAUUUUACAGGUAGUUGAUUUUAACCAGUAGUUAGUAAUUCAGCCAAUACUAAUUUAUUUUGUAGUCCUAUCCCUAAGCUUCUUUGGAGCAACUUUUGGUUUGGGUGUGUACACGCAAGCACAGUCACACACUUUCACAUGCAUGUGUAUAGAUGGAUAGGAGUCUGACAAGAUGGGUAAGUGGGCCUUUGCAAAGAUUAUGUGUAUGUAUGUGUGUAAACUAUUUUCCCCUUUGUGGCCAGGGAGCAAAUCAUCUUACAUUAAGGAUUAACUUCCUUUUAGGUAAAUAAGGUAUAAGCAAUCAAAUCUUUCCCCUGAAAGAUGGCUGGGAACUACUAGAAGCAUGAAAAGCGCACAUGCAAAAAGGUGGCACAGUGCUGAGAACUCUGUAAUUUUAGAACUGGGGCCAUGUUCAGCCCAAAAAUUACCUUUCAAGACUGGUGCUGCUCUAAUGCCAUUCAUGUACACGUUUACUCCUGCCCUUCACUAGCCCAUAAAAUGUCAUGUACUUCACUCACCCUGCAACACAGGGUAACAGUCCUUUGUGCCGUUACCCUUUCUUUAAAUGAGAGUGAAAAUACUUGCCAGUCAGCUGCAAAUCUUCUAACAGAUUCCACUCUUCCUUCUGUUCAACCCUGCCUCUGAGCUUUUAAAGCGCCAGGCUCCCAAGAGGCAUUGCUGACACCCCGUGUGUGUGCUGGAAUCCUGCAGCUGUGGGCUUCUCUUUAACUUUUCUGAAAGCAGUGGUAUUUUCAAACAGAUUCGUCAAGUGAUGUUUUACAUUCACAGGGCUGCCUUUGUUUUUCAGUUAAUUUAACUUUUACUUUGUACAGAUUUUUAAUUAAUUGUAGCUAAAUUUUAAUAAAACCUCUCCUAG